UCCUAAUUUCAGGGCCGGCCCAAAUAAUUUGUGAACACCAAAUAAAACUGUAUAUAAAGAUCGCCGGGAGCACGCAUCUGGCUUCUCGGAGGAAUUCUGGCCGCGAGAAGAUUGCAAAUCCCGCCUGAAGAACUGAUAAUACAUGAAUGGACAGCAUAGUAGAUUCACUAAACAGUGCCUACCACGAUUUCAUCGCUGCAAUGGCUACUGUGUUGGAAGCGAAAGAAACUUCCGGUGGCCAGAAAACUCCAGCAACUGAUGCUGCUCUUGAAAACUUCAAGCAACGAUGGGAACUAUUCAGGGUUGCCUGCGAUCAGGCCGAAGAAUUUGUGGAAUCAGUGAAGCAGAGAAUAGGUUCAGAGUGCCUCGUUGACGAGGCCACUGGUGCUGUGGCUACUAAACCAGGGCAGCCUGCUCCGACAGGUCUCCCACCAAUUAGUGCUGUUCGGCUGGAGCAAAUGAGCAAAGCUGUUAGAUGGUUAGUCAUUGAAUUGCAGCAGGGUUCGGGGGCAGGUGCUGGCUCAUCACAUCCCAGUUCAGCCGCCCCUUUUGAUGCUCGAUUCACUGAAGAUGCUGCUCAGUAGGUAACUCUCAAUUCUCACUUUACCAUCGAGUUGUCUGUUCUACGCAGAGCUGCCAUAGAUCCUGGAAAUUCUGGUUAAUUCUCCCCGAAAAUGUUUAUCUUGUUUAUACACCAUUGUGCGGCUGUCUGCUGAACUAUGAUCAAGAAUGAAGCUACAGGACGAUCCCGAAACUGACUUGGAUGGCUUCCUGAGUUUCCAAAAGGUAUUCUUCUGUGUUUUUAUGACACACUGAAUGAUCUAUGUAACAGUUUAAACGAGCAUGUAUGGAUGAAUACUCAGUCAGUUGUGUAAUUUGACUAUUUGAGCCCUUAGGAGAGUAGCACAUUUAUUUGUUGCUUUGGAAUUGAAACAUUAAGGAAUUUAGGAGAUUUGUUUUAUGAACAUUAUAGGCUUCAUGAAUGUAAUGAUCUAGGUCUCGAUCAAUCAGUGGCCAUCUUCAUCUUUUUUCGAAAAA